CGCGUUUGGCUUCCUUCAAAGGAUUUGAUAAUUUCGUGGUGGUGAUGAUGGCACGCGAAUUUCUUGUUAUCGUUCCAUGUAAAGCGCUAAUUGGUGUCAAUCCCAGUGUGAGAGUUAGCUGCCAUUAAGGUCGGACCGUGUCUGAUGCAGGAAUGCUUAUAAAUCGAAUUUCGUCCUUGCUAGGAAGCGGAGAGUUUAGCGGGCGUCAUGUGCGGAUUUAAGUUGAUGACUUCCUUUCCUUGAUGCUGGAGUGUACAUAUGCAUGGAGCGCACGAUUUUGGAAGCAAUUCAAAUGGGAAGCCGCAAUGAGAUGAUAAUAAAGGUUCGAAUGUAUAGGAGAAGAUAAAACGGUAACGCAACGGAACAAAAGCGGAUUGGUGACGAGGAAGUCUUUCAACUGGUUGUGUUCACACGGCAAAUAAUUAAACAGUGGCAGUGAGCUGGUGUGAGUGUUAAUAGUGGCAAUUGUGUCUUGCUCCUUUGUUGACAAUAGGGACAACAUCCGUUCCAUUAUUUUUAUGAGAGCCCACCCUUUCAACGUAAUGUAAGGUAACUGUUAUUAUCAUUAUUAUUUCUCAGUAAUUGGGACACUAAAGGCCCCAGCCUCGUUGGAGAACUUCCCGAACGAACUCAGCAUACGAACCAGUAGCACGGCUUAGUGUUUUUAAAGGAAAUAAUCUAAUAAUAGUUAAAUAUAAGUAAAUAAAUGUGAAAUUGUGUGUUAAAAACAACGGAAAAAGAUAUAUAAUUUUUCUAUGUCGUCUAAUCGAUUUUCGAAUGGGCUCGAGGCAUAAUAGCGAUUUAUGUCUUCGUUGCCUCGUACGCAAAACGCUCUAGCAGUCAUGAGGUUCGGUGAUCAUUUGAAGGCUCUCAUUUGGGCCACACACCUUCUUCCUCUAGUCGCAGCGGUAUCCGAGGCCGACUACACCUUGGACGAUUCCUUCUGGAAUGAAGAAAGUCCAGUUGGUGAAGUCGAGCGACUGCUUAAGGAGUACCGUGAAAAUCAGGAGCUAGUGCGGAGGAUAGGUGGCCAUUAUUAUCAGAUCAUUUAUCCGGUACAGUUGCGACAUCACGAAAAGAUGGGCAUAUCAACACGUGAAGUGAGCGCAGCUAAGUCAGGUCAGCGUCAAGGGAGACCUCAUGACAGCACGGACAGCGGAUAUAGCAGAGCGCGGACAAGGACUGGGAAACAUUUCCAUCGAACCUCGCUUUUGAUUAAGGCUUUUAAUCAUAAGUUUCGUUUGGAUUUGGAAUUAAAUUCACAACUCCUUGCGCCCAACAUCCAACAAAAGCAUUUCCAUGCGGGUGGAUACCAGGUGGAUGGUAAUCGUCACGACAUCGAACACUGUUACUAUCACGGCACUGUCAAAGAUUAUCCUGGAGCAAGUGCAGCCUUUCACACAUGCAACGGAGUUAGUGGCGUCAUUCAUGUGGGAAAUGAAACGUUUGUGAUACACCCGUUUUACGGCGGCGAUCUUUCGCAGAAGCACCCGCAUGUCAUUUUCGAGGCUCGAACGAAAGCCAAUAAGGGUUGUGCAAAUACAGGCCACUUAAAAUGGCGCAAUGUACGACGACUACUGCCACCCGUUUCGGAAAUUGUCGAGGAACCACAUCCAAAUGGUGCCGGUCGGUAUAAACGUGACGUUCGCGAAGCAACAAAGUACAUUGAAACCGCAAUAUUUGUUGAUAAAGCCAUGUUCGAAAAGAGAAACGGAAGUACAAGGGCACAGGUGAUACACGACGCGAUACAAGUAGCAAAUAUUGCUGAUUUGUACUUUCGGACGCUGAACACUCGCGUGUCUGUCGUUUACAUUGAAACCUGGGGAAAGAAUCAAAUCGUUAUAAACACCACGAACAUCAGUCAGACCCUGAACCGAUUGAACGAGUACGCCCAGCGGUAUACCAUCAACAAAGUGGAACGGGACACAACUCAGCUUCUUACUGGUGAAACGUUUGCCGGGGGAGAAGCUGGCAUGGCCGUGCCCGACACUGUGUGCACCCCAAAGGCAGUAGGGAUCAGCGUGGAUAUCAACGUCUAUGAACCCCACCUACUAGCCGGGACUAUGGCUCAUAUGAUCGGGCACAACAUUGGUAUGGGACACGAUGAUGGACGUGAAGAGUGCUUUUGUCGAGACUGGCACGGAUGCAUAAUGGCACAAUCUAUUGUUGGAUUGGAAAAUGUUCAACCAUACAAAUUUUCCGAGUGCAGUAAAACGGAUUAUUUCGAUGCUUUGCGCGGCGGCCAUGGUCUAUGCUUGCUGAAUAAACCGAACGAGAUCGAAAUGAAUCGAAACUGCGGCAACAAAAUCGUAGAAGACGACGAGGAAUGCGAUUGUGGCUCAACAGAGGAAUGCCUCAAGGAUCCAUGCUGCGACCCGAUUACAUGCAAGCUGAAGCUGGAAUCACAAUGCGCAGAGGGACCGUGCUGCGAGAACUGCAAGCUGAAGCAGCAGGGUGUUAUGUGUCGCGAUUCGACCAACGAGUGCGAUUUACCGGAAUACUGCGAUGGACAGAGUGGCGACUGUCCUGCGGACGUUUUCAAAAAGAACGGGUCGCCCUGCGGCUUGAGCAAAUCCGGAACAGCUGGCUAUUGCUUUCAAGGCUAUUGUCCAACAUUAUCGCUACAAUGCGAAGCAAUUUGGGGCUACGGGAGCACAGCAGCCGAUCAUCAAUGCUAUGAACAAUUCAACACGAAAGGCUCACCCAAUGGCCAUUGUGGCGUGGACAACUAUGUCAACUACAUAAAAUGCGCACCCGAGAACAUACUGUGCGGCUCGUUACAAUGUAAGGAGGGCGAACGGCAACCACCCGGCUUUGAUGACCCGUCACAACUUAUCCUUAGGACAAUUGUAUCAAUUAAAGGAGUGGAGUAUGAAUGCAAGACAAAUAAUGGAAAAAUCGGCUCAAACGAAUUUCCCGAGCACGGAGUUGUCAAGGAUGGUACGCCCUGCGGUGAAAAUUUAAUUUGCGUUAAUAGGACUUGUGUCAGCUUGUUUCCACACAUCGAUCAAACAAAAUGUCCUUCAAAUAAAAUGGGCUACGAGUGUUCGGAUCACGGUGUCUGCACAAAUAUGAACUCAUGCUUCUGUGACGUAGGAUGGGGAGGACUGGAUUGCUCAGUACCAAUUGCUCUGACAACAAGUACCACGCUAGCUCCGUCAGGCACCACACAGGGAAGUUCAAUUAAAAUGGAAAAGAAAGAAACGGCUUACGCGAAUUACCAUGGUUCAAAUACAGUAUUUUUAGUUGGUGUACUUAUGUCUGUAGUUGGGUUCGUUUUUGUAACGUUCACCCUAAUGGCAUUGUGCUACAGGUCAGUUGUAGUACAUAGAAACUUCUCCCUGUGUCUGAGGCAUUCACAAACAAGACGAAAAACAACUCGUUUAAAAUAUGAUCAACCUUACAACAAGAAGCCGAUGGCGAAGGCAUAUGGCGGAGCCGGUACCACUGCCAAUCACACUUCAGUCGAAGAAGUCUCCCUGGAUGGCUCCAACAAACUGACAGGAUAUGGAAACCAAACAGGAUACAGGGAUCAUAAACUGCAACAGAUAAUCCGAAUGGCCGGUUCGGGUAGUGAAGAAGAUCAGACGGUGACAGAAAAGGGCAUCCUGAAAAAGCACGGAUACGGUCUGGUACUUGGGGAGCAGAUGAAAGACAAAUGGGGCGAGGAUGGUCAAUCCGAUAAUCUCGAACUGAUCGCUCAACAGGAUGGCACCUUAGUAUCAGGGGCGGCAGCAUCCGAAGUCGAGCGCACCUUGAAAAGCCUCAACGGAUACCACGAAGAUAUCCUUGAAGCUCUACGCAAUGCAGCUCAUUCACACAGGGGGACGGGCGCCGGCAAUACACCCGUCGGAAGCGGUAGCCUCAGCGAAGAGAUGUUGCGAAAGACGCUCCAAGAACAUACUGCAUCCACCAUGAGCUAUGGUGACUACAAGGUGCGCCCCAGUUCGAAGGCUAGUUCGAAAGAGAAUAUUUGUGACAUGGCGCAGCCCCACACGGUGCUAGUAGAAGGUGGCGUUCCGCAGGGUGCCAUCCUGCAUCAUCAUCGACCCCAGCAUUUGCAGGAGGAGGAGGAACAACCCGCAACCGGCCCACUGCGAAUACGAAAUUUAGAAGACCUAAUUAGACAAUUAGAACAUCAUUCCUCUAGACAUAUGAGUCCGAGCGGUUCGGAAGACAUUCGAAUGUCUGAGACAGAAGCCGAUCGCCAUUAUAGAUUAGAUAGUUCAGCCGCUUGUAGUGAAUCCUCGCAAGGUUCUAAUCAACAAUUAGCACAAUCACAGAAAACAGCAACUAUACUUCCGUCUUAUAGUAGUCGAUGUCGUCCACGUUCCGAUGAUGAGAGUCGCUUCGUCUAUGGAAGGUAUAGGCAUCCAACAACUAGUAGGCAUCCGCAUCAAUCACAUUCACCGCAUGCAUUCGGUCAUCAUGCGCAUCAUUCGCACGCCCAUGGUCAUCAAUCGCACGGGCCCCAUUCAUCGCAUCAUUCAUCCCAUACGCGUUUGCAUCAAGAUGACGAGGGCAUCUACGAAAGUGCCGAUCACCAUGAUCGUAAUGUAGAUGCCCGGGUUAAUCGUGAAACGCCUGAUAGUGAAAGUGAUGACUUUAUUCAAGCUCAACAACAAUUAGCCCGGUGGGCGAGUGAGGAUGUAGUUUCCGUGGUGGUGCAGGAUCCCGGAACAUCAUCGGAUAUCCACCCACAUCAAAGCGUCGGAUCCUCGUCAGUAACGGGUAUCAUCCACGGCGAAACCGUAUCAAUGAAUGCGACCACGAACGGAUUAAAUGUCGGUCCACGGGAGUACUACCCCUCGCCACCUUCGACGGAAACGGAGAGCAGCGGAAGCGUUAUUCAACCCCAACAGAGACGAAGUCAUCUCGAUUCAAAUCACGGAGACGGACAAUUAAUGGAGAAUGGUCGCUAUCCCGAAUAUAAACACUGAUAACAACUAUUGGGGUAAAGUCCAUCGACCCCAUGUGAUUUUAUACUAAGAGGAAUAUUGAAUAAAAUAAAAUUAAACGAAUGAGAAAUGUAAUUACCACUUUUAUAUGCAUUAACAUUACUAAGGUUAGCGAAUAAUAACAAAUUAUUUUAAAGUUCUUUUGUUCCCCGUACCUAUUAAAAAGAUUUUCCCGAGAUCGUGGAAAAUGUGUAAUUCAGAGGAUAUUACAUAAAAAAAUUUAUAUUAAAUGAUACAUGAAACUAAUAAUUAGACUUAAACCAAGCAUUCGUCUCCACACAUCCUAAACCCUCACACAAAUGUCCAAGAGAAAUAACAAAAAUACACGAACUCCACACAAGUGCAGAAAAAAACGAAGUUAGUUCGAACUUUUGGGAAUUUUCAUUUGAUUCGUGAAAUGUAAAGUCAAUUUUUUAAGAUAAAAGAUAAAAGCAAAAAUGAACAUGAACGUAUUCUAAAUAAUUGUAAUUGAUAAGUAAAACCCAAACCAAAUUAAUCUACCAGAUCGAAUGUGAAGCAAGGAGCAAGGUUAGUUUAAGUAAAGUAUUAGUGUAUAACCAAUUGAAAAAAGAUAAUUACUAAAUGUUAAAAAGAUUACUACAGUUGAAGAUAGUCUCCGGUUGAGGCUCAUUGACUCGAAACUAGUGGAGAAUAAUGGGAAUUUGUGAACAAGUCCAAGUGACAUUGUUCAGCGUUCCGUAUCCUUUUUGAGUUUACUCUUUUCUACAAAAUUAGCCGCAAAUGAUAGUAAAUUCAAAACCAGCAACCCAUCAUCGCUAGACAACACAAAAGAUAUUAGUGUUUCAUUGAAAAGUGAUAGUAAAUAAGGGACAGAGAAGAGACACUUAAUAUUUGUUCACUUAGGCAGAGAAACAUUUCAUAUAACAUAACAAUGGAAUAAAAACAGGAACUAUUCAUAACGUUUUUAAUUUAGACGAUAAAAAAUAGAAAUCCAUAAAAAUAUCAAAAACCAUAACAAAGUAAUAAAGGUAUGUUAGCUAUAAAAAAAAAAAUAUGGUAAAUAAAAAUAGUGAGCAAAUAAACCUGUUAUCAAUAUAUUGAAAGCAUUCCAGAAACAUAGAUGAAAUCACGUGUAAUCAAAAGAUUUGCAUCUGCAGAUUGACAGUUUCCAGCAUGAUGUCCAUGCAAACGAAGAAACUAAACUGAAAACAGGACGAAUCGUUCAAAGGGUUGAGACGAAACGUAAACUAAAUACGAAAUUCUAAAAAUAAACAAACACUGUAUAAAGCUAACGCAAACAUAUGUAAAUAGCAAAACUAAUAUUCGAGAAUACCAAAAUCGUGCAUAGAAAUGAAAAUACGAAACAUAAAUAUAGUAGUUACGACCGAAAGAUAUACCCGAAAAAAAAAGAUAUUUCAAAAAUCCACAGAAGCGAUCUGGCUCCAUUGGCUCAUGUUUUUUAAAAAGAAAAAAAUUAGAUACAAUUUGUGUGUAUUUCAUUUGAGCGUCAAACCAACAAACCACGGAAAUCCGAAUCACGUUAAUCGAUUCCAACUAAAUAUUAUCAACAAUCUAACUAGGUAAGUAAUCGUAUAUAGUUAUCGGGUGAAUAAAAAUUAGUAAUAGAUAAAAGGAAUCAAUGCUAAAAGAUACAUUGUAAAAAUCCCGAGAGCAUGAACCAAAGAGAAGUCAAAUCGAACAAGUACAGAUACACAGAUACUCAAAGUAAAGAAAUUGUGUAUGAAAAAUAGAAUUAUAUCACAUUUGGAAUAAAAUGUCAUGAAAUAGGACACAAAAGGAGUCAGAUUGACGAAUAUGUGCUGCAUGUACUUGAAAGAUAUUGUUGAAGUUAUAAUUUUCCUAUAAAUGUAGUUAAUGAGACACAAACUAACAAUUCAUUACAGAACAAAACAGAUUCAUGGUUGAUUCAGUUUCCAUUAUGAUUAUUUUUAAUAUAAUAUAAUUAAUUGUGAAUUUAUAUUAAUUAAAUUAUAUUUAUUAUGAAAUUAUAUUAAUUAAAUUAUAU